AUGGGACAGCAAUCAGGCACAAGGGCGCAAGGAAUUCCUCCGCAGCAGAACCCGUUACAGCGCACAACGUCCUCCCUUCCAGUAACGGGUACAGAAGCGCCUCUCAGGCGAACCGCCUCGGUGAACCCCCGCGGUGCGGAUAGCAGUCCACGUGGCAGCUCCGGCGGCAGCAGCGGCCCGUCCUCCCCGAUUCGCCUGGGAACAAUCGCGACCUUCGAGGCGCCCGGGAAACCCACAGCCGCAACCGAAACCGCAACAAGAGCUGCAGCCGCAGCCGCAUCCGCAACAGCAACAACAGACACCGAAACCAGUUCCGCCAACGCACCCAUUCCGGGGCAGGGCCUAUCAGCAGCGCCUGUCGCGUCGGGCCGCGCACGCGCCGCGAGCGCGGCGACGGCGCCCGGAGAUUCCGCCCAGCAGCAGCAGCAGCACCCGCAGUCGGAACUGAGCCGGCGGGCGUCGCGCAUCGGGCUGAGCAUCCACCAGAUGAUGCAGAAGCUGCACAAGCUCGCAAAACUCUCGAAGCGCACGUCCAUGUUUGACGAUCCAACGGUCGAGAUUCAGAAUCUGUCGGCGCUCAUCUCACAAGACCUCUCCGCGCUUGAAGCCGCGAUUUCCGGACUACAAGCGUUUUGCGCAGCGCAGACGGGACCGGCGGCGGGAAACGCGGCGAGUUCCGCAGGAGUGGAUGCUGCGACGCGGCAGCGCAUCGACCUGGGAAUGGCGGUGGUGGAGAGCCUCCGAGAGCGACUCGCGAAGGCAGGGGAGGAGUUUAAAGACGUCCUCGCGUCGCGAUCAGAGGCCCUGAAAGUGAGCGAGAAUCGGCGGCAGCUCUUCUCCGCUACAGCCGCCACGGGCCAGAGCGCUACAGCCUGGCACAGCAAGCGCCCCGUGGUGGGAGCCGGCACUGCUCUCCUCCCCACCACCUCCUCCUCCUCCCUCUCCUCCCUCUCCCUCGCCUCCUCCCCCUCCGGCUCCCCCUCCUCCUCCCCCUCCUCCACCCUACCAGUCUACAACCCGUUUGGCCGAGCCACCCCUGCAGCCACCACCAGCAACGGCCACACCGGGUACACUCCCAGCAAGAGCAGCGCUAACGGUAACGGUAACAGCUUGUUACCGACGUACUGCACGGCUGCUUCCAGCAGCAGCGUGCAGCAGGCAGCAGUGGCGAGUGAGCAGCACGCAGUGGUGCUACAGCAGGUGGAGAGCAGCAUGGGGGAGCUGACUGCUGUGUUCCGGGACCUGGCGAAUACGGUGGCGCAGCAGGGGGGCGCGCAGGGUGCGCAUGUGAAGGGCGAAGGCGCUGCUGACCUGGCUAUUUGCAUUGAUGACGGGCUGUCAGAGUCACUGCUGCAGAUGCAGCAGACGCAUGGCAUGCUGCUGCAGCAGCUGGACAUCACACACUCGCACCGACCUCUCAUCAUCAAGUCAUUCCUCACACUCGCCUCCUUGCUCUUCCUCCUCUUCGCCUUCUCUGCCUAA